GAGGAUAUAUUAAGCAAUGGCUUUGACAUCAAUGCGCGCCGUGAGCCUUACGGAAGUGCUCUCAUCAUGGCGAUCCAAGGAGGACACUUCGGUAUUGCCGAGUUGCUCAUUUCUCGAGGUGCCGAUGUCCACUUGAGCAUUCCCAAAUACGGUACUGCAUUGCACCUCGCAGCUGCUGCAGGGAGAGAGAAUAUUGUCAGGUUGUUGAUUCAAGCUGGGGCCGAUGUGAACGCCGAGGGAGGUGAUUUUUGUACACCACUUCAAGCCGCCGCAGCGAACGGGCAUCAGAUGGUGGUAUUGUUUCUGGUAGACUGUGGUGCCCAGGUCAAUACGCAAGGAGGAAAGUAUGGAAAUGCA